AAAGCGAAGAGAUGCAACUCACUACAGCAGUAGUCUAUCUCCUGGUGGCCACGUUUAGCCCAAUAAAUCCGUACAGCUUAUCCCUUGCUGCAGCGAAAGAAAAGGUCAAGAACUACACAGUUUGCAAGACGGAUGUGUGUAAGGAGAGAGCAAGAUUGCUCAACAAAAGUAUCAACACAAGCAUUGAUCCCUGUGAUGAUUUCUUCGGCUUUGUUUGCGACGGAUGGAUUAAAGAUCACCCCAUUCCACAGACUGAUGCGUCGUUCGGAACGUUCCAACAAACCGAAAAAAACGUGUUGCAUGAUCUAAGAGGGAUCAUAGAAAACAUAACAGACUUUGCUGAACCUCGUAAUGUUACAGAGAUGGCGGCAACUGUAUAUCGGGCAUGCAUAUGCAACUAUUUCACAGAAGAGGAGCUAAUCCCGAUGGUUAAACACGUUAUUGCUCGUAUGGGAUUUCCUAAAUGGCCUGCCAUGAGACCAUCUGAGGUUCCUUAUACAAACUACACACAUUUGCUCAUGACAACAUCGUUGUGGCCAUUUUUUUUCGUUAACGUCGCUCAAGACCUUAACGAUACAAACCGUUUUAUUAUAGAGUUGGAUGAGAUGCCAUACCCUAUUUUAGGCAGAGACCAGCUCCUUUAUCCAAGUACGGAAUAUAACAAACCCAUUGUACAGGCGUACUUACAUCUCAUUGCCACAGCUGUAAAGGUUCUGAAUCCAAAUGCCACCGCGUACGACGCUACGAUUGUUGCUGAAAGAAUCUUCGUUUUUGAGGCACGGCUUGCUUCGAUGACGACACAUCCGAACUUAAGACGAGACAUUAAGGCUAUUUACCAAAAAAUUACUAUCGAAGAACUGCAGAAAGAAGUGCCAAACAUUCCAGUCCUGCAAAGCCUAAACAGGGUGUUUUCGGUAGCGAACAUUACUCUAAACAAUACUGAGCAAGUCGCAAUGUUUGGGAUGUCCUACUUCAAGAAGGCAAAUGAUUUCUUCGGGUGCAUAUACGACCUGUCAGACAUGUACAAUCUUGCCGCGUGGAGACGAAUCUUCCAGCUUGUAUUGCUGACGUCAAAGGCAUUCGCGAAAUCUUGGCAGCAACUGUUAGAAAUCGCGUCUGGAGUGCAAAAACAAAAGCCAGAUUGGCAGCUUUGCCUUGAAAGAGUCGCUGGCGUGAUGCCUUUCGUGAUUGGCCGAAUGUACAUCGACAAGAACUUCAAUGUUACAGCCAAAACGGACGUCGAAACGAUGAUAAAAAAUAUAACGACGACCUUCAAUAAGUCGCUUUCCUCAAGAGAGUGGUUGAACGGCAGCACAAAGCAAACAGCUCUGGACAAGUUGGAGAAAAUGACCUACAAGAUCGGAUUUCCCUUAUGGAUUCUAAAUGACACCGUUAUGGAAAACCGCUUUCCAUACGUUCGACGUUUCAACAUCAGUGACCCACUGUUUAAAAUUAUAUUAUCGUUCCAAGACAAUGCUGCCAUCAAGACGCUGCUCUUACUUCGGAUGAAGCCAGAUAAGAAAAACAGCUGGAUCACCGCCCCUGCCGUCGUCAACGCAUUCUACAACCCCCCGACGAAUGAAAUGGUGUUCCCGGCUGGAAUACUUCGAGACUCGUUUUACCAGCACGGACUGCCAGCGUCUAUCAACUAUGGAGCAAUUGGCACCAUCAUCGGGCACGAAAUGAUUCAUGGCUUCGACAACACAGGUAAACAGUUUGAUGAGGACGGGCGGUUGAGAAACUGGUGGAGCAAUUCGACUCAAAAGAAGUUCGACGUCAAGGCCAAAUGCUUUAUUGACCAAUACAGCUCCGUCUUCAGCGAAUUGGCCAACAGAACGUUGAACGGUGUGAAUACAUUGGGUGAAAAUAUGGCGGACAACGGGGGACUUCGAAUGGCUUUCAGGACACUUGACCAACAACUGAAGGCGUUCGAUACGCCGGACGUUCGCCUUCCGGGACUGGAAAAGUACUCAGCGAAGCACCUAUUUUUCAUUUCCGCUGCAUACGUAAGCUUCCCUGUUUCACCUCUGGUAUGGUGUGGCAGCUCGCGUCCCGAAGCUCUGCGCCUGCAAAUAGAAUACGACCCCCACAGCCCGCGUCGACAAAGGAUAAACGUCUCUUUAAAGAACAUGAAAUCGUUUACUUCGGUAUUUCAUUGCAACGAAACAAAGAAGAUGUCAUUCAAGGCCAAAAGCAACGAAACUUGCGUGUUGUGGUGACU